GUCUGAGGUUGCAUUUAAGAGCUCAGCCUCUAGGAGCCGCUGCUAGAAUUUAAAUGUCCCUCCUUCAUAAUCAGUAAAGCCGUGCAGGCUCUGACAAGUGAGCCCUCGUCAUUUUUUUUUAAUUUUUAUUUUUUGCAGAGGCCAUCCUCUACCCGCUGCGUUAAUGCGAGCUGCUCAGUAUCCUCCAACCAACCAUCCAGCCGGCCAUCCAACCAGCCCACAACCCGGAUCAUCCAGCAGCUCUUUUUGUUUGCUCUCACACAGCUCUGCUUUAUAUCCGGCAUGUAACGGUUAUUUUACUAAUCUUACCCCGUUUGCCGUAAGACUUUCUCCCCGAUGGAUCACUAAUCCGGGCGGCCGGGGAUCCACCGCCCUGCAGGCUGCCGGGGGAGACUGAGCACGCCGUCCGGGGUGAAAACGGUGGAAAUGGUCGGUGUUUCGGGCUCGGGAGGCUCCUUUGGCCGUGAUGCGAACGCGGACGAGGCGCGUCAACCUGUCGGGGAUGAUGGUAAAACCAUGCACCUGGACAGUGCUCCAUAACCUCCCUUGCCCCUCACCUCCCUCCUGAUCACUUCUUCUCCUCCUCCAUUUGUCCUCCUUUCCCUCCCUUUUCUCUACUGCCUGUUCACGAUGACAACCACAGUGGAGACUAUGCUGGCACAGCCUGACCUGGAGCUGGGCCCUGAGCGGAUGGACGGCUGCGAGGCCGCUCGUGGGCAUUACAAAGUGGUUCCCUCCGUUGUCUGCUCGAUGUGUUGUCUCUUUGGCAUCAUUUACUGUUUCUUUGGAUAUCGCUGCUUCAAGGCGGUGAUGUUCCUGACGGGCCUGAUGUUCGGCUCCGUCGUUAUCUUUAUGCUCUGCUACAAGGAGCGCGUGCUGGACACCCAGCUGAGCGUGGAGGCCUCAGUGGGCAUUGGCCUGGGCAUUGGGACGCUCUGCGGCCUGGUCACCAUGCUGGUUCGUAGCGUGGGCCUCUUCAUGGUGGGCCUGCUGCUUGGCCUGCUGGUGGCCGUGGCCACCCUGGUCGGCAUGGAGGAGCUUUCUGACAGCCCGCCGCGCUCUGUCUGGGUGCCCCUGGGCGUGCUGCUUGGCCUGGGCAUGCUGUUUGCUGUGCUCACCCUGCAGUGGCAGCGUCUGUUUACAACGCUGUCCACAGCGGUGUUCGGGGCAGCCGUCAUCACGGUGGCUUUGGACUACUUCGUAGAGCUCUUUGCCCUUGUGCUGUACAUGUAUGAACGGAUUAAAGCAGAGUCUGGAAAGCCUGUGUGCUGGAUGACAUGGGUGGUGCUCGGGGUGUGGCCUGCCCUCACCCUGCUGGGUGUCGUGGUCCAGUGGAAGGUGACCGCUGAAGGAUACUCCCAUACCAAGGUAAUCAUCAGCCGCCAGCAGCGGAGGAUGCAGGUGAUGCGCAUUCGUCAGCGGGAUGACCGCUACCGCAACAAGAAGAAGAAGAAGCAGCAACAUGGCUCCUCCUCACACCAUCAACACCAAUCCAAACAACUGCACACGGAGCCCGCCUACCGCCGCAAACCCAACCCUAUCCGCCGCUACGAUACAGACGUCCUCUCUCCUAGCUACAUCCAGAGUUUUAGAGAUCGGCAGGUGCAGGCACAGCCCUUUCCAGGCCGGCUAGUCGGAGGCUCCCACGCCGUAGUGGAGAUGGGCUAUGACUGUGGAUCCACAACACCACUCACUGGAGCAGCAGGACCUUCGCUACGGGUCUAACCACUCCAGAACCUCCCAGAUGCCUGAACAUACCACUUACCCAGAGAGAUAUAUGUCUCUAUAAUCACACCUGUGCUAGAACAAACCAUUACACACCUAAGAGGAUGGAAAAAAUAUAUAGGGCUGGAUUUACCUGAAAUGCAAACACAUUUGACUCUUUCCCUAAAUAAAUUUUGGAUUAUAAACCUCUUGCUGGAGCAACCAGCGUGGUGCCGAGGUUAGCUGACCUCUUUUCACCGUCCAAACGCACAAAUGCAUGCAUGUACUUAACAUCACAAAAACCGCAGCUACAAUUUUAAAGAUUGAUGUGGAAGCCCAAAACAACCUGCUGGACCCAUGCCCAACCUGUCUGCCACCAUCUCAACUCAAACCAGAUCAGGGAUUGGAGCUUCAGUGCAAACCCUCCUCAGGUUCUAACACAGGCUUUGUAUAAAAAAAAAAUGCAGAUUCCUUGUUAAUAGUUUCUACCACUGAUGUUACAGAAGCAACUAGAAGUCGAAUUAAAGGUCCAGUCAACAUUGUCUUUAAAGGGAGGUAAUGACCCUUCACUGCAAACUGAGAUCCUCUAUUUGCUCUCUGUGCCAUCCGGACUACAUACAUCCUCUUUGAAAUGAGGAAAGAUUUCAUAACUGUCACAUUUAAAGAGGGGAAAACCCUUUGCCACCCUUGGUGCUGGACGACACACUACUUCAAGCGGCCAACUGCUCUGAAGGCCAGGGAAUCUGUUUAAACGGGUGCCUUGCCCCUCCGUGGACUGUAAAGUUCAGCAUCAGGAGAGCGGUUACUGGCAGAUAUCCCACCAGUGGCUUCUUCUUGCAUUAAAAUUGAACAUUUUUUUCAGUGAGGGGUGGUAGCCAGGGAGCUACAAAAAGCAGGGUUAAAAGACUUUUUAGAGGUGAGCUUGUUGUUUUCACAAACGUGUGGAUAAGUGAGGUUUUAUUUACACUGGCACCUCAAAAGAUCUGAUUUUGAGGAUUCUCAGUGCUGGAAAAUAUAAAUCUUGCUCAUUUUGUGUCCUGAACUUAUUCUCUAAGAGAUCAGUUUCACGCCUAAAACAGAUGUCUUUUUCACUCUACCAUUUACCUUUGCGUAAAACUUGGCAGAGAAAGGUCAUUGAUAGAAUAGCAGAAUUUUUUGUUUGUUAUUCCAUAAAAGUGAAAAUAAAUUAAAUUUCAUUUGUCAGAUAGCUCAUUUACCAUAAUUAAAACAGGAUCAAGAAAACUAAUGCUAGCAGAUAAAAUAAUCAUUUAUUUUCAUUUAUUAGCUUUAUGAUAAUGGAGGUAACAUAACUGAAGAGUGGCAGAAAUUAGUGCCAAUGUUACAUUUUUAGUUUCUUAAAUACGAUUAAUUUAAAAAGAAUUUGUUUAUUCCAGUUGUCACAUAGCUGUAGUCAUUAUUUACUGAUACAAUAGUGUUAAGAAAGUGAAAGCUUGAUUAGCUAAACUACAAAUAACCACACUAAUAAAAAAGUAGUGGGAAUUAUUGUUGAUGUUAGCAUGAUAGGCUAACUAAUGUCAACUUUUUAAGUGAAAACUAGUUAGCCUGCUUUACUAUGGAAGGAAAUUAGCCUAGCUUGCUAGUAUUGACUUUCUGAUUCAAAUAACAGUUUAUCUGCCCUGUAACCAACUUUUGAAAAGAAAACUGAUAAAGAUUUAAUAAGUAAAUUUGAGAGUUUUUAGUUUUGUCUUCUAAUGUUCCUUUAACAUUUACAUAAUAUUUCAGAGUUAUUAUAGCUGUUUGUUGUUGUUUUUUUGUUUUUUUUAAUUUAACCUAAUUUAACCUGGGCUGUGUAGGUUUGAUUCAUGUAAGAUUGAAACUGAUUGAGAGAUUGUGUUUCAGGUAUUGGUUAUUUUCCAGUAUAAUGAAUUAAAAAGGUUUUCUCAGUGAUGGUUUAGGUAUCUGCCAAACAAAAUCUCAGAAAUGUGCCUGUUUGCACCUUAGACAGACCCAGCUGAGGUGCUAGUGUAAACAAAGCUCACAGGUCUGAAUGACAAAAUGGACUAAUGGCCAUAGAAACUUGUAUUUAGAGCAACUUUCCAUCAUGUGCAUUGACCUUCUUUAUUUGGGACAACAUAACAUUUUUGUCACCAGUGAAAAUGUGAAUACUUUCUUAUUGUUGCUGCCUUUUUAAAGGAAAAGCAGACACAUGAGUGCGGAGGGGGGCUGUUUCUAUUUCUCACCUGACAUGCAUGAUCUCACCCAAUCCUGUGUGGCACUGAACACCCUGCACCCUUUCAUGUUCAUCGAUGUGAAAUUUGUACAUAAAAAAAAAAUACAACACUUACUACCUUUUUUGGGUGGGAGGGGGAUUUUUUUUUCCUUUUUUUACCAUUUGAUUGUUAUAUUUAAACACAUUCUUUUCUUAAAAGUCACAUUUAGUGGUUUAUUUCGAGUGGGAUGUAUUUAUUUGUUUUAUUUAAUUAUUUUCUGUAAAGGAGAGUGCAAUCAUCACUGUAGGCCAGUAACUCCAUGCUUUUAUUAAACUGAAUUAUGACUAUGAUCAUUAAAGCAUGUGUUCCAAUGGGCCUGUGUACAAUAAAAUGUGUGAGUGGUCUUUUAAAGCAAUGCCAUGUAGGCACGAAACAU